CGUCGGCGCCUCACAAGGAUCCACGGACGACCACCGUGAUCUGGUCCCGGGACCCCUCGGGCAUGCUUCGGCCAAUCGACCGUCUACAGCCACCUCUCGAUCGCCAGGAGUCGUUCACCACCACCAUCUCGUCCAUCGCCUCCACAACUGCAAUAUCUCCCAGUGCCCUGAAGUUACAGGGAGGAUCGACUCAACUGCGAUUCGGCUCGUUGAUUUUUGCUCGAGCAAGAGACCAUGGCAGAGCCGGAAACACCACAGGCUGAGCAGCCAGUACAGCCCGUGCAAGUUUUGUAUUGUGGAGUCUGCACAUUCCCAGUGGAGUACUGCGAGUUUGGCUCGCAUCUGACAAAGUGUAAGGAAUGGCUGCACGAGAACGACUCAGACUUGUACGACAAGUACUACUCAGAAGGGGCACUUCAAGCCAAGCUGGGCACACUCAGUUUGGAGGCGCAGGAGAAGCUAGAGAAGGAUACUGCGAAGAAAGAGGCGAAGGCAGAGGCGAAAGCAGAGGCGGCGCAAAAGAAGAAGAUGGCGUCUCAGGUGACGAUCAAGCGAAUAGAGCGGAACAAGCGCAAGUUCGUUACCGCCGUGCAUGGGCUCGAAGCUUUCGACGUCGACCUGAAGAAAGCCGCCAAGUUUUUCGCACAAAAGUUCGCAACAGGCGCGUCUGUGACGAAGAACCCACAGGGGAACGACGAGAUUGUCGUUCAAGGCGACGUCUCUGGAGAUAUCGUGGAGAUGAUCGAGGAAGGCGUGGGCCUACUGAAGGGCGUUCCGAAGGACAACAUCGUUGAAGUAGAAGAAAAGAAGAAGAAAGGCGGCGAAUGAUCUGCGCGGGGUAGCGCUGGAAUCGGAUGUAAGUUUGGAGGAGUCCUCUCAAGUUGUAUCGAACAGUCUACCGCACGACAUCACCGUUGUACACUAGCAUGAAAUGACAUCGCUGUAGCGUUCACGAGG